CAUGCGCACCGCACACAGAGUGAAUUGCGUGACAUUUUCUGAUAGAAUUGGUUUGUGUCGACCACGUGUCGACACAGAGAACAAUGUUUCGAUGAACUUCAGCGACACAGUGCAGUAAAUACGGACACAGAAGCAUUGGUGUAUAAAGUCAGUGUAGGCUCGGUGGCUGCAGGUUUCCAACUGACACAAUAGCAAGUUGAGCACAGUGCAUAGCUGUAUUAAUCCUGUUGGAAAACUAAUUGGGCAGGCAAAAUGGAUGAGAAUAAUGUUGCCGUUUUGGCUAUUUUAGAUAAUCAGUGUAAGUAUUGGGAAGGGAAAAGUGGGGCCGAAAGCUAAUGCAAAUAUUACAAAGGGGCAUAUCAUUUAUAUGUUCCCAGUAACUAUGAAAGUCAAAAGGUACCACAUCAGUAGCUCCAUACAAACAAAACAUGGGUAUUCCUACCUACAAUCAAGCACAUACCAUUACCAAUAUGCCACCUCAAGAAGAACCUGACCCGAGUGAAGCCAACAAACAAAAUGUAAUUUGGACUAAGAAUGCCACAUUGAUGCUGUUAAGUUUAUAUGAAACCAAAAUGCAUGUGAUGGACAACCCUAAAAAGAAAACGAAAAUGUGGAAGUCUAUAGCUGAAGAGUUGAGAUCACUGAAUGUUGAGGUCACCCCUGAUCAAGUAAGAUGGAAAAUAAAUGCCCUUACAAAAAAAUACAAAGAUUGUAUAGAGAAUGGUCAGCAAAUGUCUUUUAAAUAUUUCAAUGAAAUGCAUCAAAUUCUUGGGCGCUUCAGUGAUGACAGUGUGACAUACAGGUUAGCUUCAGGAGUUAUGCAGAAUCAAGACGACAUGGACAGGGAUCCAUCAUCAUUAAAAAAAAGAAAAGCAGGUGCACAAUUUAGAAAUUUGCGAAUGGAACAAAGAGCCAAAAUACAAUUAGAUAAACAAUGGGUUGAGUAUUUAAGAAGGCAAGAAGAACAAAAAUUAAUCAGGGAUGAGAGGUAUGAGAGGAGUUUAAAAUUGAAAGAAGAAGAACUGCAACUGAAACGAAAAGAAUUAGAAAUGAAGCAAACAUUGGCUUUUAAGAAACUACAACUAAAAGAAAAAAAACAAGAAGAAAUGUUAAGGAUAGAGCGAGAAAAGUGUGAUUUACUGAGAAAAUUGUUAGCUGAUAAAUGAAAAUGCAAUUUAUGCAGUAAAGUCCAGGGACCCUGGACUUUUUUUUAUUGAUCCCACCUUGUUCAUAAUUUUCAUUAUAGGUUGCCCUAUAUAACCUGUAUGUACUAUGUACAAAAUAUAAUAUUGUCUAAAGAAGUUAAAAAAUUACUAGUACAGUAGUUUUGAACAUACUUAACAUAGAUAUUUAUUCUAUACUUACUUGAAUUAAAGUAUAAUACAACCUUAA